CAAACAGAAGCCUGGCCGUGCCACUCUCACUUGUUACCAACACCAACCUGUUGCUACUGGAGUUGGCUGAGUUUUGCACUCAGAGAGAGAGAAAUUAGAAAUUCAAGCAGAUUAGGAAGCUGCCUGAAUUUUGCUGACUGCUUUUAGGACCAAAAGCAAGGGUGGUUACAAUGAAGACCCGGCCCAUUGUGGAGGUAGUGCCAGAGAUCCUGGAAUAUAACUUAGAGUACAGCCCAGACCUACGGUGUGAGAAGCAGACAGAUUUGGUGCCUAUUUGUCAUCACUGCAAAUCAUGCAUCUUGUCCUGGAGGACCUUCUCUACCCGUGAGUGGUUUCUGCGGGCUAGCCAUGCUUCCCAAAGGAAAUUUUUGGUGGGGAUCAUUAAACGGUUCAAAAGCCAAGACCUCUUGAAUUACACCUGGAACCUUCUACGGCCUACAAACAAUAAGGAUUUCAUCUAUUCCCGUUCCUGCGUCAACUCCAGCUUGACAGCCUCUUCCACUUUCAAUCGGGCGCUGGAUCCCCAAGAAUUAGAGAAAUCCAUGGCAGAUCUUUGGAAGUGGUUUUUAAAUGCCAGUUUUUGGACCAAAGCAAACUACAUAUUGCUUUUGCUCCAGAUGUGUGACUCGCAGUUGUUGUUGAUGGCUGCUAGCCUCAUUUGUGGCCUCUUAAGUCAAGAUGAGAAGCCUGUCUUUACAAAGGAGGAAACAGAGGAAGAUCAAGCACAAAAUGUUAAGCAGCAAGAGAAAUCAACCUCCCGGGUUAUGAGCCACCUUGCCUCUGAGUCCACUGGUCUUUCUUCAGCCUUUGAAAGCUACGUUGUUUCAGAGACAGGCAGCAUAUUUGGUCAUCUACGUGCCCAAGGGAUUUUGUCCAGAGACUCAGACCAGCUCACUGAAAGCUUAUCUGAGCACACGGAUGAGGAUGGUUGUCUUUCAGUCAUAAUGAAUGUCACAAGCCCAGUCUGUCUCUCUCCCAAGAAGACUUCUAACCUCAGCAAGUACAAGGACUUCAUUCGCUGCCUGCCUAUCCACUUGUCCAAGCGUAUCUUGCGCAUGCUGGACCACAAAUCCUUGAGCAGAUGUGCCUUUGUGAGCCUCCACUGGAACAUGCUGGUCAAGCAAAUUAAGAAAGAUGCCCUGUCAAACCGUGCCCUUCGAAGUGAGAUUAUGUUUUUGAAGGGGUCAUGUCCAAAAGGUGCAGUUAGCAACUAUGCCAAAAUUGUUAGGGUUGCCACUCCGAAGAUCAAUGAAGAUGGGGACAUAAUCCCAGCCAGAAGCAAGCACAAGCAACAAUCAAAGGAAUUUGAAUACAUGCAUAAAGCUUAUCAUGGCCAAGAGACAGACACCGUCAAGUUGGAAGAAAGAAAUGUUUUUUGUGGUGCCUAUAAUGUCCGUGUUCUAAUAAACAGUUUGGAUCCCAACAGAGUGGUCCAUUACUGUGGUGGCAAAUUGUUAGCCAUUGGUUCUGUGGAUCGAAAAAUAUAUUUUCUGAAUGUGUCUGACAUGACGCCUGUCCCUCUUCUCCUUCGUGGACAUGCUGGCAGCAUCCGAGCCCUAUACCUCUGUGAACAGAAGGGUUUCCUUCUGAGUGGCAGCUACGAUCUCAGCAUCCGAAUGUGGAAUAUCCUCACUGGGACAUGUGUGAAAAUUUUUAAUGGCCACUCCGGAAGCAUCACUUGCUUGGAUUUGUACAAGACCAAAUUCGUGUCUGGAUCUAAAGACUGCACGGCAAAAAUGUGGGAUAUUGAAACUGGGAAAUGCAUUAAGACGUUUGCGCAUAAAGGUACUGUUUGGGCUGCUAAAAUGAAUGAGACUCAUGUUGUGAGUUCCUGUGACCGGGGCGUAGUGAAAGUGUGGCACAUUGAAACUUUCAUAUUGAUAAAGACUUUAGAAGGUCAUUUAGGUCCUGUGACGUGCCUGUCAUUUGAUGAGUGGCAUCUCGUGACUGGAAGCAAUGAUGGUUAUGUCCUAGGAUGGAGCAUGCUGGGAAAACACAAGAGAUGUCUGAUGGCUUUCAGACACCCCCUGGAGGUCCUGUACCUGGGAUUCCUCUAUCUCAGAGUCAUCACUGGCUGUGCAGAUGGAAAAAUACGAAUAUUUAACUUCCUGAAUGGGACCUGUUUGAGGGUUAUGAGAGCCAAUAGCAGAGGUGACCCUGUAUUAUCUGUCUGCAUUGAAGAAAACAAAUUACUCAUCAAUGCGAAAGGCAGUGUUGUUUUGUUCCAGUUUGAGGAGGUGGAAUGGGACCAUGCCCAAAGUACUGAACGACUGCUUAAAAGAAAAGACAAGAGCAAAGUUGAUGACGUACCAUUCCAAAUGAAGCCAUCUCCACAAUCUGAAUGGCAGAAACGAGCCAAGAAAAAUAGUUGGAAGCUUUACCGGGAAGAGACUGAAGACACAAUGCUUUCAUACGUCAUUUCUCCGCAGUCUACAAGAUUCUCCAAAGGCCUUCGUUUUGAAAUGGUGAAGGCACCUCCUCGCAGAGGUAGGGAAAAUGUGGCAACCCUGGACAUGAAACAAGAUGAAAAGCACAGGCUCUCUUCCCUUGCCAAGAGACUAGAAGAUGAUGAACAUGAACCUUCAAUCUCUCCCCCACCUGGUCAGAAAAGAGAAGCUUUGUUGAAGUACAUAAAGCAGAAGCGCCCUCUUGGUCCCAUAACUAAUGACCAGAUACUCCUCACCAUCAGCACAUUGCAUCAUGCCUACGUGAAUGACCAAGUCAGUAUUAACACAGGACACAACAUGAAAAUCAAAGAUGCUUGGGGUCCUGACCAAGUCCAGAAAGAACAGCCCCAGAAGAGUCUGGCUCCCAAAAGUGCAAAGCAACUGAAAAUGAAUUCAUCAACCCAGCUGAAACGGUUGAAUGCUGCCGGCGGCACACUAGGGGUGCAGAGGAUUUCCAUACCUUAUGAAACCAAAACACUACAGCUGAACUUAAAGAAUACUUUGUUUGCAGGUACUGUGAAAUCCUUCAUUCCUGCCCCUACCAUUACACGUUCCAAAUCAUGCAUCAGCUUGUCAGGAGAGCCAAAGGCUUAUGGUGGCCAGGCCAAGAUCCCAUCUCCAGCUACUGCUGGGGAACAGGCCAUUGGUCACUUUACAACCACUUCCGAAACCAUCAAAAUACCACGUAUGAAGAUUGGCCAGCCUGAUAAAGAACUAAGUGCUCGGCGAGGAAAACUUCUCUUUACCCAUACACCAGAUCCAUACCGGCUAAAUACUGGGUUCAGGCUUUUGACAACACAACAAAUGAAAGAGUAUGAAGAAGCAAAGAUAUCUGAGUAUCAGGCAAACAAGACAAAAGUUAUAGCAAAUAGAGAAAAAGUGUGUAAGAAAGCCUGGCUAAGAAAAAUUAAAGGCCUUCCCUUAGAUGAUUUCACAAAGGAAGGCAAAGUUGUUGCCCCAGAACUUGGAGAAAAUGUGUUCCUCUGAGCUUGGCUUUUCAAAGCAGCCUAAAACCCAUUUCAGACCAAUACCUUGCCCUCCAAAUCAAAGAUCCAACAUUGGGAGGUAUGGGGCUGCUUGAAGCAUUAUCCUCAGGUCUAUACCCCUUCCAGAAGCUUGUAACAUUCAUUCCAAUGAUUCAGAUCUUGCAAAAGUUGACAGGGUGGGACUUUGGGCUGUAUCUGUUGCAGUUUGCAAUUUGUUCAGUUUUAAAAUGCCCCUAGCCUCUGGAGAAAAGCUUAGUAGCAUGACAGUGAAAUGAUUCUGCUUGUAAGCUUUUCUCCAGAAACUGUAUGUACACUGCUUGGGCUUGUGUUUCAGCUAAAAUCUUCAGUACUAAUGAAAUGAAACAAUGAUGCUUUCGUGUAGGCAGCUUCCAGGUGUCUGACAGCCACCACCAAGUAACCUGGUUGAUAGAAUAAAGAAAU